CACGCACAACACCUGAUCGAUCCAAGGCCCUGGCACUGCUCUGACUAGACUACGGCCCACUCAUCAUAGCCCUGUAGAACGAGCUGGUUCAGCUUACACAAUAUCGAAACCCGCUCAGAUACGUGCCAAAAAAGAGCAAGGGACGCACCGAAGAUGGCAGAAGCAUACAACUACGAAUUCUUCAAUGUCUCGAUUCCUUCAGAACACGUUGCACAUGUCGAGAUAAAUCGGCCGGAGAAGCUGAAUGCGUUCAAGGAGGUAAUGUGGCACAACCUGUCCGCACUAUUCGACAAGCUCUCAGUAGACCCCAACAUCCGUGCAGUGGUGCUUUCCGGUGCAGGUCGCGCUUUCACAGCAGGUCUGGACGUGCAAGCCGCGUCUGAGGGCGGCACAUUUGCACCCCCAACCGUCGAUGGCGCGCGCAAAGCCAAUGAGCUGCGGAGGCACAUCCUAGAGUUCCAGGACUGCAUUACGAGCCUAGAGAAGUGCGAGAAACCCGUCAUCUGCGUGCUGCAUGGCAUCUCGUUCGGUCUUGCGCUUGACAUGAGUCUGAGCUGCGACGUGCGCAUCUCAACACAAGACACCAAGUUCAGUGUCAAAGAAGUCGACAUUGGGCUUGCGGCUGAUAUCGGAACACUGAGCCGCCUACCGCACGCCGUCGGGAACAUGUCCUGGAUCAAAGAUGUCGCGCUCAGCGCGCGCGUCUUCGGAUCUGACGAAGCACUGCGCGUCGGGCUGGUGUCAAGAGUCGCUGCUGAUAAGAGUGCGGCGAUGAAAGAAGCACUCGACCUCGCCUCCCUCAUUGCCUCCAAAUCCCCCGUCGCCGUGCUCGGCACAAAGGAGAUCCUGAAUUACAGCCGCGACAAGACGGUGGCCGAGGGUCUGAACUACACGGCGGUGUGGAACGCGGCGAUGCUGCAGACUGAGGACGUCAAGGAGGCGAUGCUGAGCGGGAUGCAGAAGCGAGCGGUCAAGUUUGCGAAGCUGUAAGCGGCCGGAAUAGGGCAAACGAGGCAGGAAUGUGGUCGGACGAUGGACGCAGGGAAGACGUUCCGGGAACUUGAAGACAUAUGCGUCACAUGGAAGAUAAAGGAACAACAGGCUCGCUUCGCGCAC